CACACACACACAGAGUCGCAGCCAAGUCGAGAGCGGCAGAGAUGUCUUCGGAGAAAACAGGACUCCCCGACUCCGUACCCCACACCUCUCCUCCCCCCUACAACGCCCCUUUGCAGCCGCCUCCUCCACCCCCGCAAGAUGCCCCCAUCCCCGGUUACAGCGACCCCCCUGCCACAACCGUCCACUCAGGCACUGCCACAUUGCCCCGGCUUGGAGGGGCUGCUACCCUGCCACGCCCUCCCCCAACAUCAGCCACCCUGCCACGCCCGCCACGCCACCAUUCCGCCACCCUGCCGCGCCUCCCCCCGGAUCCCUAUAUGCAGGAAACUCAGUUCAAUGGAGCCCCUCAGGGCUACGUAGUGCAGACUCAUCCACCAGUUGGGACCCUACCGAUUGGAGGCUAUAUGCACCCAGGAUACCCCGUCCAGCUGCAGCCGUGCACAGCAUACCUUCCGGUCUACCCAGUAGGGGCGGCCUACCCUCAGGCCAACCCUCCUCCUCCACCAUCUCUGUCCCCUACACAGAUGACCCCCGGCAUCGCCAUCCUGGAACCGAGGCGCCCGCCCCACGAUUACCUUCCCAUCGCAGUCCUCACCACCAUCUGCUGCUUCUGGCCCACGGGGAUCAUUGCUAUCAUCAAGGCCGUGCAGGUGCGGACUGCGGUUGCCCGCGGCGACAUCGUAUCAGCAGAAAUUGCCUCACGAGAGGCCCGCAACUUCUCCUUCAUCAGCCUGGCUGUGGGCAUCGCGGCCAUGGUUCUGUGCACUAUCCUCACUGUAGUGAUCAUCAUCGCUGCCCAGCACCAUGACAAUGACUGGGACCCUUAGCGCCCGGCAGCCUUGCCUUCCAGACUCCUCCCGUGCCCCUGGCAACUGGUGUCAACAGCCCUGGAAGGAAACCGACAACACACCCCGGCAACCAUUGCUCCCAAGGAUGGUCCUUGGCAACCGUCUCCCCUGCGGUCCUUAGCAACCGUCUCCUCCCCCACCGCCAACAAUACUUGGAAUGCUUGGCAACCGUCUCCCACAAAGCUCUGGCAGUAUUAAUGGUACCUACUCAGCAAAAUGACUUCCGGAAGACGAUAUUCAGACUGAAUGCUGACACACCCGAGGGGGGGGGGUCCGUCAGCUG